AGCUGAGCCAGGUCCGGGGCGGGGCUUUGCCGUGGGCGGGGCUUCCUCGAGUUCCGGAGUUGAGUCGCUUCCCUUGGCCGGAGCGGAGAUGCAGCCGCCGCCCCGAAAAGUGAAGCCGGCCCAGGAGGUGAAGCUUCGCUUCUUGGAGCAGCUGAACAUCCUUCAGACCCGGCAGCAGAGGGAGGCGGAUCUGCUGGAGGACAUCAGGUCCUACAGCAAGCAGAGGGCAGCCAUUGAACGAGAAUAUGGACAGGCACUUCAGAAACUGGCAGGGCCAUUCCUGAAGAGAGAAGGGCACCGGAGUGGAGAGAUGGACAGCAGACCUUCUCUGGGGAGAGGCAGGAUGGUGUUUGGUGCCUGGCGCUGCCUGCUGGAUGCCACCGUGGCUGGGGGCCAAGCCCGGCUCCAGGCAUCUGACCGAUACCGUGACCUGGCAGGGGGCACAGGGCGGAGUGCCAAGGAGCAGGUGCUCAGGAAGGGAGCAGAGAACCUCCAGAGGGCGCAAGCAGAGGUGCUGCAGUCUGUCCGGGAGCUGAGCCGAAGUCGGAAGCUGUAUGGGCAGCGGGAACGUGUGUGGGCCUUGGCACAGGAGAAGGCGGCUGAUGUCCAGGCUAGACUGAACCGAAGUGACCACGGGCUCUUCCACACUCGGGCCAGUCUCCAGAAACUCAGCACCAAGCUCUCUGCCCAGUCAGCCCAGUACUCCCAGCAGCUGAGAGCAGCCCGCAAUGAGUACCUGCUCAACUUGGUGGCCACCAAUGCCCACCUUGACCACUACUACCAGGAGGAGUUGCCAGCCCUGCUCAAGGCCCUGGUCAGUGAGCUGUUGGAACACUUGAGGGACCCCUUGACCUUGCUAAGCCGCACUGAGCUGGAAGCUGCAGAGAUGGCCCUGGAGCAUGCCCGCCGUGGAGGGCAGGCAACCUCCCAGGUAAGCUGGGAGGAGGAUCUGAAGCUCUUUCUUCAGGAACCUGGAGUAUUUUCCCCCACACCACCUCAGGAGUUUCAGCCUGCAGGGACUGAUCAGGUUUGCACCCUGGAGCUGGAGGGGGAUGCAGGAGGCAUGGCGGGGGACCGUAGCCUGGAGAAAGAGGUUCAGCGCUGGACGAGCCGAGCUGCCCGAGACUACAAGAUCCAGAACCAUGGGCAUCGGGUGCUGCAGCGGCUGGAGCAGAGGCGACAGCAGGCCCCAGGGCGGGAGGCGCCAGGUCUAGAACAGCGGCUGCAGGAAGUGAGGGAGAGCAUCCGGCGGGCACAGGUGAGCCAGGUGAAGGGGGCUGCCCGGCUGGCCCUGCUCCAAGGAGCUGGCCUGGAUGUGCAGCGCUGGCUGAAGCCAGCCAUGACCCAGGCACAGGAUGAGGUAGAGCAGGAGCGACGGCUCAGUGAGGCCCGGCUGUCCCAGAGGGACCUCUCUCCCACGGCUGAGGAUGCUGAGCUCUCUGACUUUGAGGAAUGUGAGGAGACAGGGGAGCUCUUUGAGGAGCCUGCCCCUGUAGCCUUGGCCACCAGGCCCCUCCCCUGCCCAGCACAUGUGGUGUUCAGCUAUCAGGCAGGGCAUGAGGAUGAGCUGACCAUCACAGAGGGCGAGUGGCUGGAGGUCAUAGAAGAGGGAGAUGCUGAUGAAUGGGUCAAGGCUCGAAACCAGCACAGCGAGGUAGGCUUUGUCCCUGAGCGGUAUCUCAACUUCCCGGACCUCUCCUUUCCUGAGAGUGGCCACGACAGUGACAAUCCCUCAGGGGUAGAGCCCACAGCCUUCCUGGCCCGUGCCCUAUACAGCUACACAGGACAGAGUGCAGAGGAGCUGAGCUUUCCAGAGGGGGCGCUUAUCCGCCUGCUGCCCCGGGCCCAGGAUGGAGUGGAUGAUGGCUUCUGGAGAGGAGAAUUCGGGGGCCAUGUGGGGGUUUUCCCCUCCCUGUUAGUGGAGGAGCUGCUUGGCCCCCCAGAACCCCCUGAACUCUCAGACCCUGAACAGAUGCUGCCAUCCCCUUCUCCUCCUAGCUUCUCACCUCCUGUGCCCACCUCUGCCUUGGAGGGAGCCCCUGCAUCUGCGCUGCCUGUGGACCAAGAUCUGGACUGCCCUGGACCCCUGGACAUGAUGGUACCUCGACUCAGGCCGAUGCGUCCACCACCUCCCCCACCAGCUAAAGCCCCAGAUCCUGGCCACCCAGAUUCUCUCACCUGAAGCCAGGGGGAUUGCUGUCCCCCAGUGAUGCUGCUGUCCCUAUACCCAAGAUGUCAGAGAACACCCCCUCUAUGAUCUGGAGUAAUAACACAGCCAAAAGCUGGAGUUUCCCCCAUUUUCACUCUUACCUCCAGGGGUAGAAACUUUCCCUUUCCCCAUUUCCAGAGCUGGAACUCACUCCUCUCCCCCCAUCACACUUCUGCUAUCUCUAAGGCUGGAACUAUCCCUCUAUCUUCUGCCACCACCCCAUCUCUAGGGUGGUAAAAUGGAUUGUGAAAUCUCUGGGGCUGGAACCCAUCUUCCAAAGUCUUGAGUGGCUCCAGCCCAUCUGUGUCUCCACCCUGACUCUGUGACGCAGUCCACUGGGUCUGUGACCCAUGGCCACUGGGGUUGGGGGCUGGGACAGGAGCAGGCCUGUCAAAAGGAGCUGGAGCCAGUAUGCAACACAGCUGUAAUGGUCUGAGCGGAUUUAUUGACAGUGAAUAAAGGGCACUAAGCCCAAGCCAGGGCCUGGACCUCUUUUGCCAAGAGGGCAGGGGGCCUAAGGUGCUAUUGCUUUAGGGGCCCACCAAGGGCAGGGGCCUGCUCCCAGCUGCCACGCUCUAGCAAAUGGAGCGAGGUAAUGGGGAAGGGGUCAGGCAGCCUGUUGGCAGGCAGGGGAAGUGAAAGAGACUGAGGGAUGGGGUUGAGACUUCUCCCGAGGUCCCCCAGCCUGAGGCCAUGCAACUCCAGAUGGAAGUAGAGCUGGUUCCUCAGGUGGGGGGCAGUGCUGUCCAGUGGGGAGGAGGGCCUUCAUGCCCACCCACCCCCUGGCCCUGCCAGCUGGUAGUCCAUCAGCACACUGAAGAAGGAGGCUUGGAGGAGAGGAAGGGUAACAGUGUUGCUUUCUAUUUAGGAUGUAUCUCAGCUUUUCCCCUGGGGGCUGCAGGACCUUCCCUGUCUGCUGGAGCACAUGCCUGCUCCCCACCACUAAACCAAAGAAUUUGCAGCAAAGGCCAUCCUGGGGAGUACAGUGAGCUAAUGGGCUUAGGUGGUGUAAGUAGGGGGUGGGAAGAUGAGAUUAUCUGAUUUGGGGCCCAGGCAGACUCACCUCACACACCCCCUGCUCCCCGUGGUGGGGACACCUGUGAGAGAGAAGUGGUCAAUAAUGGGAGAACAGGAUGUGGGUCCAAUCAGUGCUACCUCCCCCUACCCCCAGGGUAGGAGGCAGUAAGGGCUGAGCCCACCAUAGCCAUGCCCAUGCCUUCAUACCUGGUGAUCUGAGGUGUCCAGUUUGCUUGACUGUCCAAUUGCCUCUCGACUGGCCAGUCCUGGGCUUGAGCCCUUCUCUCCAGCCCCAGGAAUGGGCUCUGUGGAGGCUCUAGGGUUCCCCUCAAGUGCACAAGGGACUAGGCUGCCAUCCCUGAGUCCUCCAUUCUGCACUGGGGGACUGGCAAGGCCCGGGGGCUGUGGCCUUUCAGGGGGCACACUCUCAAUGGCAGGUGUCCCUGCCCUGGGCUGCCCUCCCCCAGACCCCUGACUACCCCCUGUGUCCUGCCCUCCACCAGACCCCCAGCUCCUGUCCGUGGGAGAGCCAUCACGAUGCUCAUGUAGCCCAUAGCGCUUCUCAAUGUGUGUCACCCGGAACCUGGGAAGGGAGGGAACACUGGGGCUUAAGACCACAACUCAGAGACUGCUAGGCUUCCCCCCAACCAGGGACAUCUGGGUUUCAUGGUCACUUCCCUCUGGCCUGGGGGAAGGGGGGAGACUUCCCCAGAUUAUGGGGCAUAUGUACAGCCUGACUUCUGCUGUAGCUCACUGUCUAGGAGAACAGAGCUGGGGCCCACCUUUGGAGUCAGGUGCCUGAUCACUGGGGCUCCCACCUCAAACUCCCUUUCUCUGGGGCUUUCUGUCCCCACCUGCCCACAGAGAACACGGUGGUCUCUCCAGGCCGGGGGCGGCUCUUUCCUUCCUUGGAGCGUCCCUGACGAACAAGCGGGGGCCUCUUGUUGCGGCUGCAGUGGAUACAAGGGGCUGCAGAGCCCAGAUGCACUGUGUGAUGAUGGGAAGGGGCUCCAUCUUGCAGGCUGGAGGUGGCAUCCACGCUGGACGAUAGGGAAGAAGGGAGCACAAGUGACACUACCAUUUCCUUUCCUUUUCCAUUUGUGUCUGUUCUUUCAGCUUCUUAAACCCCCAGAUGCCUCGCUUUCCCCAGGCCCCAGCACUCUUGUAUUUAUCUAAUAAACACAAUAUUCAGAUUUUA